AUGCCUGCCAACUUCUCCAUCAGUAUGGAGGAGGUGAAAGCCUCGGCUGAACGACAGAACAACACGCCCAAGCCACUCAAGGGGGAACAGAAGGAGAUCGCUGAUGCGCUCGCGGCCUGGGCUGCUCUCGCUCUCAACGGGGGAGUACGGUCGACCGUUGGUCCAGGAAGAGGCAAGACACCUGCAACCCAGGUCUUCCCCCUUUUUGAGCGCCUUCUCCCCAAUGAACCAGUCUGCUGCGACAUCAAAAUGCAGGAAUACCACAUCCGCGGUGUUGGCAUGGUCCAUGGCGCUUUCAAGAAGAACGGCAAAGAGGAACCGAGGGCGGGCCAGAAGCGAUGGGCCCACCGUAUUGGUAACAUCUGCAUCUGCAACAUGGCCGGCGAAGUACUCCUCUUCUGCUACGUUCGCUACCCCGAGGACCCAAAUAUAGAGGUCAAGCUGCCGUACGGAUUCGGUGUCAAGUGGUCGUUGCUUCGCGCAGAGAAUGGAGCAGUCGACGCUGCAGUGGCCGAGACUUGGUGCCAGAAGAUCUUCGCGAAUCGCCAAGUCAUCCCCCACGGCGGUGAGACAGAUCAAAAGGCAUUCUUCUACCUUGCACAGAAGGGCCUCUCCCCAUUCGUUGGCAACGGCGCGCAGAUUGUGGACACUCAGCACAUCUACGGCCAAGCCAAACUCGAGACGCUUGCUGACACGUACCUCGGUCGCACGAUUCAGCAGGGCGGCCACGAUGUCGUUGAGGAUACCAUCGCGACCAAGGACAUCUUCAUGCGCCAAUCUACCUACGACCGCAUUGCUGAGCAGAGGGCUUUCAACGCUCUACCGGAAGCUGAGCAGAAGGCGUACUUCGCGACCAGUCCGAAGAUCGCCUGGCACCUCUAUCAGGGCAAUAUCUUCCCCAGUAUGCCGGAGGAUGCUAAGCAGAAGAUCCUUCAAGAGCGACAGCAGAAGGCCAAGUCCACUGCUCGCGGCGGUCAGUGA